UCCAAAGAAAUCGUCAGUCCAUGGGCAGCAGUCGGUCACGCUGCACGCGCCUUAUACUCCGUCCCACUCCGCCUCGCGCCUCCUCUGACUGGCUCGCUCCGAGGUGCUGCUUGAGAAAGAGAGAGAGAGACAUCGCUUCCGAGUCGUUCUUGAUGUGCACCAUACCCCAAUUGUCCAUUGUAUUUGUGGAUAUCUGGACGGCAGCUCUGUAUUCACAAGAGGGGACUAACAAUCUGCCCGUCCGCGAGAGGAGAUCUGACAGUUGGCUGACAGUCGUUCUAGAUGAAAACUCUGAUUAAGUGACUUAUCUAAUCAGCUGUCAAAGAUACAUCGCCGAGAGCGUCUACACUUUUCCCUUCAUGUGAAUCUCAGUGUUCAUGUGUCCACCUCCAGCUCCCUAAGUCAAUCUGGAAGAAGAUCGACAGCAGUGUGACAAUCAAUCAAAACACCAUAAAUAUACUUCCGAAAUAUUGGCAGUUCCUUUUUGAUGUUUCUGUGACCAGUGUGAUGCUAAAUUAAGUAACCAGUGUGCUUCUGCAACGCUCAUUGACGCUACAUAAUAAAAACGUAAAAGGAAAACAAAAAGUUGGGUAGCUAUCUAUAACACCUGCGGACGAAGGAAAGGAAAACAAACUUAAACAAAUAAAAAAAAAGUUGUGAAGUGUCAAGACACACGUGCCUUCUCCGAAGCUUCGGAACGUCGUCGACGAACAUUACGACGCUUAGUUGAGAUCAUAAAAUAUAUCCGUGUCUUUUCCUCGCUUUGUGGUGGUGCCUCGUGCUUAGUCUCUCUUUUUUUUCCCACGAGCUACGAUCUCCUCCAAGACGACCACUUUCGCCCCUGCACUGCCUCUGCCAGCAAUGACUCCGGAUUGUCCGAUGUCACCGGGGGAACAGGACACGCCGGACCUCACAUGCAAAUGGCUCGGUUGCGGACGGAGCUUCGAGUCCCUAGACGAGCUGGUGUCCCAUCUAACAGCUGCUCACGUGACGUCCCAACAUGGCGCUUUUUUUUGCCUGUGGCACGGAUGCUCCAGAACGAAGGGCUUCAACGCUAGAUACAAGAUGCUGAUCCACAUCCGUACCCACACGAAUGAAAGGCCUUACGUGUGCAGUCAGUGCGACAAACGCUUCAGCAGACAAGAGAACCUGCGGAUCCACGCACGCACGCACACAGGAGAAAAGCCAUACGUUUGCACCGUCCCAGGGUGCGGGAAGGCCUACUCGAAUUCCUCGGACCGAUUCAAACACACGAGGACCCACUUCGUGGACAAGCCCUACGAGUGCCGCCACCCGGGUUGCGGCAAGCGCUACACCGACCCCUCGUCCCUCAGGAAACACGUGAAGAUCUACGGUCACUACCGCCGCCCGGAGGACCAGCAGCCUCCCUUCUCCAUGCCCCCGACGACCACGGCGGACCUCCUGGACCCCUCAAUGGCCGCCUCUGCCAGGCUGGACCUCUCGCCCUCCCCGUCGUCCUCCGGGUCUUCCCUCGUGCCUUCGCCCGUCCCCUCCACGCCGUCCCCGUCUCUCCUACCGCCCCCACUGUUUUCGGGUUCGUCUUCGGGGAGUAUGGGCGGCAUAGGAGCCACGGGGCUCUCCCCUUGGGCACCCGUCACCGCAGCGGCGUGGACUGUGGCACUGCAGCAGUACCAGGCGGGGUUCUUCUUGCACGGAGGGGCUGGCUUAGCGGGGUUAGGGGGCCUCCAGUCUCAUCCUCACAUGGUGGAAGAGGAGGACGAGGAGGAGGAGGAGAUGGAGGACAUGGACACAGCCACGGCCCUCGAUCUGUCCAUGUGCCCUUCGCCGCUAGACCUUUCGCUGCCUUCAUCACGGGCCAAACACCAGUAAUAAUCGUAAUGUAAUUAGCCUUAAUAGUCUUAUCUUUUUGAUCGUCCAUAUUAAUGGCUUCCACUUUUGGUAAAGAGAGAUUGUACAGUAUAUUAGACACCACAACGAAAAGUGAAUCAGUGUAUAAGAUGCCAAAGGCAUCCAAGAGUUUCAGUGCAUGAUGUGUAAAAGCAAUAUAAUUCGUCUCCUUUGGAGAUACAGAGGUGCAUUUGAAAAUCCGUGGCCCUAGAGGUUGCACUGUGUGAAUGCAAUACAUCACUACCAGUCUUUGUUAUCACAUCAUCGUCUGGUACCUGAGUAGACGUCAAGAAACUUUCCAUAUUUUUAUACUAUCAAAAGAAUACCUAACUUCCCUUUCCACUUAAGUCUGCCGACCGGUGAAAUUCCGUCAGUCGUUUUGAUAUUGUUUGCCAAAGUGCCUUGAUACAAUUACGUAAUCGUUACCGAACGGAUGGGCGGAUAACGUGCGUCAUGAAAGUGAUACGCCUGUGGUGAAAUGUCUUGAGAAUCUUCGUCGCGCCUGUUUGGUAAGACUCGCUCAAUUCUUCGGUGUAGUACUUACAGCCUUAACUCAGUGCCUGCCUUCCAACACCUCCUGUUGGAGAAGAGGAAGAAGAUUUCAAUACAAGCAUUUACACAAAGGUGCUGUGUGUUCGUGCCAAAAGUAUAAACCCUCUCCGAUGAUUCACUUCAACAUAUCAGACCCCUGGGUAUCAUGCCAAGAUUUUGUCUCUUUCUUGUGAUUUGUGUUAUUGCUGCAGACGAAAAACCUUCGACUUCCAAUGCAAGUUCUCCGACGUAAGGAUAAAAAAAAUUAAUCGAGAAGUUUCCCAUGAUCACAAUGUUACACUUAUAGGCGCUUAUCUUACUCCAGUAGCAAAAUGACAGAUUGUUUGCUUUAAGAUUAGUGAGAACAGUUUCUGAGAAAAUGGAUUAAAUUUGUCCUUAUACGGUGAAAGGUAUCAAGAAAAUAAUGUCAUCGAAAUCUAAUGGCUGUUUCCCAAUUAAAAGCUACCAUGUGAUAUGAAAACAAAAAAAUUAAGGUCUUUCUCGCGUAGUGUGCAUAUGUGUGUGUGUGUGUGUUUCAGUAUUACAUUAUCAAACCGUCCACCGACAAACAGACUGUUAGUAUACAUGUUACUUAUGUGGUUUGGAGGAUAAAUCGUGCCACUUCAUAACUAGAGGUGAAAGUGCAACCUUUAAAAAAAAAAAGUUAAUAAACCUACCCCUUAUUCCUGCACUUGGGAACUUUGAAUACUCAAAAUCUGUCUCAUGAAUGAGGGUUUAUAUAGACAAGAAGUCGCGUUAACGAGAACGUCUUAUAGAGUUCCCUAGCAAUCCGGGUACCACACUGGAUAAAUAAAAUCCCAAAUUCUUUUAUCACAGAUGAACAGCCUUGUGUGUAUAUAUAGUUUUUAACGAUCAGUUUUGCCUAUUGAUCAAACUUCGCACUUUCCCAGCCGGUUAUUCAGUGCCACGAAAGGGUUAACAAUAAUAAUCAUAAUCACAGAGAGUAAAAAUAUUUUAAGCUGUAUGUAUUCCUUCUUCUGAAAUGAAGCUGCCUUUCAUAAUAUGGGUCACCCAGUUCCUGGAAAGCUACUUUGGAUCAAUUAGCUGAAACAAGAUAAGAUCAUCAAGUCUGGUCACAGGUUUUUAGGGUCCCUCCCUGAACAGAGUAAUUAUAUAUAUAUAUA